GGUUACGCUCGAUGCCUGUGUGGAAAGUCAUCGAGUGAAAUGGAUGAUUUUCUCGCAGAGAAAACAGAAGCCGGCAGAACAACGAGAGCCUUUAGCCUAGAUGACGAAGAACUCGUGUAUGGUGAGGACGAUUACUAUCCGGAAAGCACCACUGGCACGAGUGUUAUGGAGGAAUGCAAAUCGGAAAGAACAAAGUUGGACGAGCCGACUGGCUACGAAGAUCCAUUGUAUCUGCGCGUUCGACCGUAA